CUCUCCUUCUCAACACAAUACAAAACAUUCUAUCUACCAACAAUCAUCAUAAACAAUACUAUAAUCUUCUCAGAAAAAUCUCGCCAUCAGUCCUGUAGAUACCUACUCAUAACCCAUCACGCCAAAACCAAAAUGUCAAUAGUGACAACCAUCGACAUCGCGUCACCCCCCUCGCAAGUCCGCGAUAAAUUCCUCGACUUUGCGUCUUUAUCCAAAUGGCAUACCUCCUUCUUCUUAUCCAUCACACCACACGGUACUCUCGGGCCAGGACAGAAACUCCUUGUGCAUUUUGCAACAGGUGGACAAAAAAUGAACCCCGUGAUACAGCAAAACACACCAACUGCAUUUGCAUGGACAGGAAGUAUACCAUUCUUGUUCACGGGUACACAUUAUUUCCUGUUCGAGGAAAGCACAGCGGUCCCUGGGGGGUGCCGCUUGACGCAUAGUGAAGAGUUUAGCGGGGCGCUGGGGUGGCUCAUGGGUGGGAACGCUGUUGCAAAACAAGUGGGGUUUGCCGAGAAGACAAGGAAAGGGUUCGAGGUGUUCAAUGCCGAUUUGAAGGUUGCUUGUGAGAAGGGAGAUUGA